UCCCUCUCUCCCUUUCAGUGUCCAUCUCUCUCACCAUCCCCUCCUUCCCUUUCUCUGGGUGACCACACUCAGCGAUUUUCUAUUUCCUGUGGGUGUGAUGUCUCUCCUCCACAAGCAAUCAGCUCUGAUUUGUCAGCGUUCUUCCAGGCGAUUCAUAAAAAUUCAGCAAGCACCUACAAAAGACGUCUGUGUCCCUGCGUUUGCUCCCCACCUCUACGGCCCCUGUGCUCCAAGCUGCAGCUUUCGCCUCCUGCUCCUUUUGCUAGGCACACACAAAAGACCUGAAAUCAUUAAUCGGAGGUGUGAAAGGGAGACAUUGGUGUCUGCUGUUCUCGAUUGCUACUGUUAAGAGGGUGAACUUGUCAAAUGCAAGGGCAUUCUGUUGCAAUCAAAUCAGUGAAGCACAUCUGAAAUUUCCCUGUCACUUUUCUUUAAAAUUACAGGUGUAUUUUUCUUUUCUUUUCCUCUCUGCGUGUUUGUGUGAGCAUGCCUCUUUGUCUCUGUGAGGUAUGACAUGCCUGGUAGUGGAAGGGAGCAGCUGUGCAUUGGACCUUGUCUGUGUUGUGCUGCCAUGCCCUGUCAUUGGUAGCCGUCUGUUGGCAGCAGCCUGUGCUGGAGGGUUGCAGCCUGGGCGCAAUCCUUCCACAGUGUCAUAUGCUGAGCUUUCAGCCAUGCCAAGCCAUCCUUACUAUGUUACCUUACACAGCUGUGUGACAGAAUACGCCUCUUCAACCUGGACAAUGUGCCAUCUCUCUGCAUUUUCAAGAUUCCAACUGGUUUUUGAACAAUGUUGGGUCUAGGUGGCUGAGGGGAAAAUGAUAGGCUUAUAUGAAAUUUGGAAGAAGCAACCUUUUUUUCUGUUCUCAUCCCAAUAGCUAUUAGCGGAGUACUUACUUUCCUGUCUAUUUGUCCAUUAUCUGUGCAUCAUCAGGCAGACCAUUAUCCCAUUAUGUUUUGCAUCUGUGGUCCAAAUGCUUACUGGAAAUGAGUCACCACAAAGGCCAGUGAAAGACCAACCAGCAGUACAGGUAGACGCAGCUCUUGUGGCAUGACUACCACUAACAAGGGAAACAAGGCUUUGAAGGUGAAGCGGGAGCCAGGGGAAAAUGGCACCAGCCUGACAGAUGACGAGCUGGUGACCAUGUCGGUGCGGGAGCUGAACCAGCAUCUACGGGGCCUCACGAAGGAGGAAAUCCUUCAGCUGAAGCAGCGGCGGCGUACCCUGAAGAAUCGGGGCUACGCUGCCAGCUGCCGGGUGAAGCGUGUCACCCAGAAAGAGGAGCUGGAGAAGCAAAAGGCUCAGCUGCAACAGGAAGUGGACAAGCUGGCCACAGAGAAUGCCAGCAUGAAGGUGGAGCUGGACGCUCUGCGUUCAAAGUAUGAGGCCCUCCAGAGCUUUGCCAGGACUGUGGCCCGCAACCCUGUCACCUCAGCCAGGGGACCUAUGGCGUCUGUCAUAGGGCCCCUCAUCCCUGGUAAAGUAGCUGCCACCAGCGUCAUCACCAUCGUCAAAUCCAAAACGGAGGCUAGGUCGUAGUAGCAGAAAGGGCGGGAGGAAGAUUUUCAAGACUAAAGUAGUCAGUGCAUUGUAACAUGGUGCAGGAUUACCUGUGUAAGUUCUCAGUUUUAACCCUGGUCACUAACACUAACAAUAUGCUUCCCAAAUUCACUCUUAAGGUAUGACUCAGCAGUCUGUAUCUGUCAACAGACGUAUUGUGCUUUAGAGUGACACAAUCAAAUUGUGCGAUUUAGGAGAUCACAGCUGGUUAUUGAAGAAUGGCGACAUAUUGGCAAUACUGAAACAUUUCAUUUAAAAAGCAGAUUGUGGUUACAAAUAUUCAAGAAGGCAAUAUUGGGUUUUAAAAGUACAAGGUGGCAUCAAAUUCAGACUGUUAAUAGCUUGUAGAUUUUUGAUAUAGUACAGUAUGUGAUGUGUCUGUUUCCUUAAGACUGAGGUCUUUUCCGUCCUAUGAAUUGGCAUUUUUGGAGUCUCACAACUUAUCACAACCAGUAAAAUAGUAAAUUAUAGACAUUACUCCUUGCCCAUUCCACAACAUAAGCUGAACAAAGCCAGAACAUAUCUCUAUGAACCCCUUUGCUUGUUAUUAUGCACUGACUUAAAUUGGGAUGAAUAACAAAUGGUCAAAACUCUUGGUGUGGAUGCUACAAGAUGUCUUCAAAACAGCCUGACUAACCCAAAACUAGAAAAUUAGUCUAAUUUGUGAUUUUGUUGGUCGUCUGUCAAGAAUAUAAGCAUGAAAUAAUGCUCCCAAAUCUAGCAUUCAUUUCUGUUUAUGCGUCUGUGACAGGCUUUAAUGAACUUGUCAUUAUCAACAUGACUGGUAGAUGCAAUAAUAUAUGUAUGCACUGAAAAUACAAAGAGGUAUAUUUAUGGUUAAGUGGAAACGUUAAAAAUGAUCAGCAGUUCUUAAUGAUAUUGUUCCAGAGCUGAGUGCCAUUCCAAUAUGAGAAGAUUCUUCUACAAUAUCUGAAAACCUGAAUGUUAUAACAGUAAUAUCCUCGUGUUUUGUGGGGACAGUGAAAUCCACAAACAUUUUGAAACAUAAUUUUUGCUCCUAGAGAAAAUAUGUUCAAGUUGUUUUGUUUAAAAGAUAUAUAUUGCAUUUUUUGUAAUUACUUGUUGACAGGACCGUCAGAUAUUUCCAAAAGAAAAUCUUUACACAAGCUUUACUGUUUGAAUUGUUAAGGUGUAGAAAACUUUGUCUAAUGUUGAGUUCUUGGUUUUUAUUACUAGGUAGAUUACCUUCCAUUGUUUAUAGAAAUACAGAUAAAGAAAAGAGAAAAAAAAAAUCCUGUGAUAUCUUUUUUGCAAUUGUACCGAAAGUGGCUUACUAUUGAAGUCUGAUAGCUUUUUUUCUAGUGACUAGGCGCGUACUGUGGGGUAGCGCGUGAUGUGAUGUGUAAGUGACAAGUUGGCAGUGUCGUUCACUGUAUAGAUGUCAAUGAUGUGCUAUUUAAAACAAAUCUGUAGAGCUAAACUAGGUGGUGUAAACAAGGUCAAUUGUCUUUGUGCGUAUUGGCAUCUGUGAUAUCCUCCGCUUCCUUGGUGUUAGUUACAAAUCAUAUUGUCAUUAAGAGUUUACCACAUUGAGCCAUGUAAGACAGAAUUGGGUGAAAUGGAAUUAGUGAACAUUAACUCAAAAGACCUGAAGCUUAAAGUGAAACUGUCAUUGCAUAAUCUGAGUAAUAGGUUGCACCUGGUGCUGGAUGCCCUCUGAAUACAUCCUCUGUAACCUAAAAGCAAAUGACUUCAUUGUUGGGAAGAUUUCAUUAUCGUAUUCGUUCCAGCUACUUAAUUCGUCUGAAUUAGUUUGCAGGAAUAGAAAUUAAGAACCCGUUUGACAGACUAAAUUGACAAUUUUACAAUUUUCCUGUGUACGUGGGUUUUUUUUUCUCCCAAUGUUGUUGAGAAACUUCUAUAACCGCCAAAUGGUGCAGCAUUACUUAUCCACUGGUCUUCAGAUUGUCAGAUUAAAAGCGGUAGGGUUAUGGCUGAGGGUUUGUAUGCACUAAGCUCCUGCUUGUUUUGCUCAGGACAAAACAGGUCACUCUAAAAAUGAACAAACCAUUCUAGAUGAGAAGAAGGGAGGUAGGGAUGGCAGCUCUGUUCAUUUUAUUUUUUUCAGUUUUUUUUAUAAUAAGCAUGUCAUAAAGGGCUUCAAUCCACACUCAGAGAGAGACACAGCAGGACCACGUAGAAUUACAAUCAACCGCAGCUGCCAGCAGCGCUCCUUCUGUGCCAAGUGUCGCAUCACUCUCCUGGUCCUCUAAAAGGAAUUUUAACAGUGAAGGAGUUUUACACCUCAAGGUGAAAGUAGUUGUGUAAAGACAUUAACAGAAUGCACUUCAUCCAGAUCUCGCUCUCCUGCUGGUCAGAAUGUCUUAUAGCGUCGGGGAGGUGUUAAUCUACAGUCACUCUCAAAACUACGCCUCAGCAAAACUCCAUGCCAGAGACCUGGGUGCUAGUUAUACUGUCUGUGCGCAAGCAUCCUAUCCUCAACAUGCUUAGCUAUCAACAUUGACUGGUUAACUGUGGGAAAAUAUAUAUUUGACUCUUGACAUAGCCCAGUAUUGAUGUUGGCGUCCUUAUUGCUGUGGCAGUCUUGUGGAGUGAAUCUUUUUCGUGUCAAGUGUCUUUUAAGGUGUUCGAGUGGCACCGUCGACCAAUCUCUCAAUCUCCGCUAGAGAUGACGAGUCUCUCUUUCUCACACAUUACAGGUGUAUAAUAUGUAGCUACAGUAGGUAUUAAUGACCAUUGUGAAAAAGUGACCCUUAAUAUGCAACUCAGUGGAAAGGUGCGAAAGAGUAGAUGUAAGAGUAAUCAAUAUUGUCAAAGUGACUAUGGUCUGUUAUUUAAUAAUUCUUGCUGUUUUUGUAUUUUUUUUCGUAAAAUGUGUUUUGUUUUUGUUUUUGUUUUUUGCCCUCAGAUUUUGAAUCCCAAAACGGAAGCGCAAUUGGCCCUUGUUUAUAGUAGUGAGCAUAUUAAAACUGUAAUAGUGUACAGUGUUUUUAAAGGAAUCACGGGACGGUUGCACUUGAGCCUUACUCACUAAUUACUCUGGUCUUAAAUUAGCUGAAUUACCGGAUCCAUAAAUUGGACUUUGGAUAUCUGACCGAAAGAUAUUGCUAUUGUAUAAACAUUGUGCACUGAGUGAAAUGGAUGCUACAAUAGAUUCUGUCACAAGGGCCACUUGCAAUAUAUUUUUUUUCUUUGGUAUGCCUGUGUGUGUGUGUGUGUGUGUGUGUGUGUGUGUGUUUUGUACGUUUGAGGUUCCUCUGCUGCUACACCAGUCAUUAAUGCUCGUUGUUUGCUGUAGCAUCAUCCACAGCAUUUCUGUUCUCAUUAUGUGUUGAUUGUGUAUUUGAAAUUGAUCUUAACACUGUAAUUUGUUCUGCAGAUUUAAUUUUUAAUUGGUUAUGCCUUUUUCUUUUCUUGUUUGUAUGUUUUUUAGAGAGGAUAAAUAACAGCACUUGUGUGGCAGUUGAAUUUUAAUAGCUCUCGAGACAUUGGCUUUUUUCAUGAAAUUAGGCUUUGUAAACAGUUGACUGUGCAGGUUUUUUCCUCUUACUCCAUGGAGUGGGUCUGUGUUUCAAAGGUAUAAAAAUCUGACUAAAGUGAGUAAAACAAAGUUAAUCAUCUGUUUUUGUUAUUUUUCUGUAUGGGUUGUAAUAAAAUAUUGCAGUACUUUGUAUGAAAACAGACAAUAGUUAAUUGUAACUAUUUAUAAAUUAAAUUAUUGUACUUUUUGCAAUCUGUAGAUAAGUACUAUGUAUACAGUAACAACUGUGGAUUUAAACGUGAUUCUCUGAGGUGUCUAAGUUAUUGAUGUAUAUAUUGUAUGUUUGUUGAUACAGCUUACUUUAUUUUCUAUAAGACCAAUAAAAUGUUUUGAAAAAGGA